AUGGAUGUCACCGCUAGAAGCUUCUGGCAGCUCCUGCCGAGCAUGCUCGAGGCCAUAUGUGCGGCCGACUACGUGGCCGUGGACCUCGAGAUGUCGGGUAUCAUGACCCGUGACUCGCUGACAACGGGCGAGAUGUCGCUCGAGCAGGCCUACGCCCGCCUCAGGAACGCGGCCAAUACCUUUUCUCCUGUCGCGCUGGGUGUCACGACGGUGAGAUUCGUCGAGUCAUCGUACCAGGCCCAAACCUUCACCAUCCCCAUCUCGACCCUGGUUCCGUGCCACACGAGGGAGGACACGCAGUUGGCUUCGCUGCUCGACCGCAAGCUCACAUUUUCUUCCAAUUCGCUUCGCUUUCUCGAAGUGCAUGGCUUCGACGUGAACUGCGCCAUCGGCAGUGGCGUGCCAUAUCUGAGCCGUGAGGAGAUGGAAAUACUAUCCGAACGCUUCCUGUGCAGCGGCGGAACGACGGGAGAUCUGAUUGAAGAGUCCUCCCUGACACCCUUUGAUCGUUCAUUCUGUGAUCAUGUUGGAAAGACUGUCAGAAAGUGGCUUGCCUCUGAGCCAAAGUUGAAGAGCGUCUUGGAGAUCCCCGAGCCUCGAGGCGGCAACCUCCGGCGUUCGACUACCUCACUUGUCCGCCAAGUUGUGGCGAGCGAGUUUCCGCAGUGUCGGUGUUGGCGACAGCACACUGGCGAUGCCAUGAGCGUAGUGCUCCGCGACGAAAAGAAAGAAUACGAGAUCGAACAACGAGAAACUGAAGCCAAGGUGACAUCGCUGGCCAAGAACUUUGGUGAGUGGCACGAAAUAACGACUACUGCCCCCGCUGAUAUGUAUAGGUCUGUCAUGGAUCUUCGGGGCACUGAUCGGCUUUGA